AUGGCUUCUCUUGAUGAAGUAACACGAGCUCCCAAACUCAUUCCAACUCUUCUUGAUGAAGUCGCCUUGCUGGACCCAGAAAAACCUUUCGCCGAGAUACCCAUCUCUCCUACAGGCUACGGCCUCGGAACCAGAAAAAUCACCUAUCGCAAACUAGCCAACGCCGUAAACGCCAUCUCCCACUGGCUCAUCAAUACUCUCGGCCCUGGCAAAAACUUCCCAACAAUAUCCUACCUCGGACCCAACGAUCUAAGUCACAACAUAGUCCUCAUCGCCUCCAUAAAAGCCGGCUACAAACUCCUCCUCACAUCCCCGCGCUACGGAACAAUCGGCCAAGCCCGAUUAAUGAAAGAAACACAAUGCAGUCAUCUCCUAAUUUCAUCCGCAAGCCCAAGUACCCCAGCAACAGCCAUCGCCGCAGAACACGGCAGUCUACAAAUAUGGACACUGCCCGAUCUGGCAGAACUAUACGAUGUUGAGUGCGAGUUCGCAUAUACAAAGACCUAUUCACAAGCCAAAGAUGAACCCCUCGUGGUAAUCCAUACCUCUGGGACAUCCGGUUUCCCCAAACCAAUCCUGUGGACGCACGAGUUUGGCUAUUCAUUCGGUCGUCAGCGAGAACUACGGCCACCCGUCGGUUUCGAGUUACUCGAUACUUAUAUGACGAGCACGCGUAUGCUGAGCAUGUGUCCGCCUUUCCAUGCGGGAUUGCUAUUCGCCAGUCUGUUUCUUACUUUUUAUAGUGGGAAUACCAUCAUUUACCCACCAGCUGGGUUACCGGCUAGUAUCGAGACAGCGGCGGGAGUCGUGAGGAACUCGUCACCGCCUGUGGAGUGUCUUUUCUUGUUACCCGUUCACAUGGAUGAACUCGGUGGUGAUAGUGCGCUUGUGGAAGACGUGGUGUGCGGGGGAGUCCAAACGGUCGUUUGGGCUGGUGGGUCCGUGAUGCAGUCAUCUAUCGAUAGAGUCUCAGCGCGUCUACGACUGUUUACGUGUCUAGGAUCAACAGAGACGGGCAUGUGGCCUUCAAUUCGUCAUUUGGAAGGAAACAACAAUCCAGACGACUUUACCUCGUUGUGUUUCCAUCCACAGGCGAAUAUCGAGUUCCGCCGUCAAACGGAUGAUCUGUAUUCGGCUGUUUUCGUGAGAAAUCCGAGUUCAGAGGACAAACAGUCUAUUUUCUGUGUCUUCCCUGAACUGGACGAGUUCGAUACUAAGGAUUUAUUCCGACUUGUUUCUGGGACGGCGGAGGAGAGAUUCUGGACGCAUCAUGGUCGCAGUGAUGAUUUGCAGUGUUUCCAUUCAGGAGGGAAAUGGCAUCCUGUUUCGACGGAGCGUCGGAUUCUUGCUGAGCAUCCGGGUCUUAUUCAGGAGGUUCUUGUUAUCGGGACGGGUCUUGAUAAGUCGGUGGUUUUACUAGAACCUACUGCCAAACUUCGUCUUCAGCUUGAUGCAAGACAGGGAGGUGGAGAUGAAACAACAGUGAAGGUGUCGGGCGGGGACUUCAUGGAUCAGAUUUGGCUGACAAUCGAGGGGAUCAACAAAGACCUCCCUGUUUAUGCUCGAGUGGAACGGAGUCGGAUUAUUGUUACAGAUGUGGCACGGCCAAUGUUGAGGACUGGCAAGGGGAAUGUUCAGCGCAAGCAGACUGUUCAGGAGUAUGAAAGGGAGAUUCAGAACGUCUCGUCACUGGCUGAGGUCCAGAACGAGUCUUAUUGA